UACUCCAGUUUUUGGCAAAUAAGAAAUCCCUUUGUAUAAAAGCGGUUCCUUCGCUCAGUGGCUUCUUCAUUCUUUUCUUGGUGAAGAAAGAGAACACAAAGAUCGAAGAAAACGAACAUGGAAGACGCAUCUGCAUCAAAGUACAUCCCGCACCAGAUCGGAGGGCUCCAAAACGAUUCGUUUCGAUUCGGACUCGAUGGAGUCAAAAGCGACAUUGUUGGUUCUCACCCUCUCCAAUCGUCUCUCCAAUCCACAAGGAGGAUGGAAGAAGCGAUGAAGAGACAAUGUAAAGUUAACUUGUAUGGAACUGCUUUUCCACUGAAGGAGGAGCUUGACAGGCAAAUACUGUCUAGGUUCCAGCGGCCUCCUGGACCAAUUCCAUCUUCAAUGCUGGGUUUGGAGACUGUUACAGGAAGCAUUGAUCACUUCGGUUUUGAGGAUUGUCUAAAUGACCCCCGUGACUCUGAGACUUUCAGGCCAUCCGACAUGCAUCAUGGGAUGGAAGUUCGCCUUGGUCUAUCCAAGGGACCAGUGUACCCAAGUAUUAUAUAAUUAAAUUUGACUUUUCUUUUAUGGUAAAAUCUUCUUGUUAUUCAUUAAGAUGGAAGUGUCCAAGGAACCUACAUAUGCAAUCAUGGAUUUAUGUUUUCCUUUCCGUUGGAUGCUAGAAAUGUUAUGGUCUAUAUUAAACACACCAUGUCUUUCAGAGUAAAUGCAGAAUUUAUGCCUGAGGCGUUUGAGUUGAGUA